GUUCAAUUUCGUUCCACAUCACAUCCGCUGAGCAACAGCACAGCAGAAGUACAUUUUUGUGUUUUUCUAUUUCUAAGCACAGCAGUGCAGUAAACAUUUUCAACUACCCCUACAUCUUUCCCACAUCGGCAUCAGUUACUCUAAUGAAAUCUGGUGUCCCAAAGGGUGAGAACUGCCUUGUAGACAUGGACUCCAAGGCAGGGGAUCUCUUCAGCGCUGAGCCAGCCGACGCUGCUGGAUCCGGAGGUGUCAUGGGAAGCCUACCACUAAAGGAACUAGAUGGUUUACCACCCUGGCUUUCUGCCUUGCCUCACAGGCUGUGGCUGCCCAAAGGCCUCUCACCCAGUGUGGCCAAGGACUGGUUUGAUCGUCGCCGUGCGUCCAUCCGUCCCUGGGCUGGCUUUGUGGAUCACAGGAAGUUCACCAAGCCCCGCAACUUUGGUGAACUGUGCCAGAGGGUGGUGCGCAACUUUGACACCUACAACAGCAACUACACCUUCAUCUUCCUCGGCCUCAUCAUCUACUGCAUUAUCAGCUCUCCCAUGCUGCUGAUUGCUUUGGCAGUGUUUGUUGGUGCCUUCUACAUCAUCCACCUCAAGUCCCUGGAGUCUAAACUGGUCAUCUUUGGAAAAGAGGUGACCGGACCUCACCAAUUGGGUCUGGCAGGGGCAGUCUCUUUCCCUGUGUUCUGGUUGGCUGGUGCAGGAGCUGCAGUGUUUUGGGUCCUGGGCGCGACGAUGUUUGUGAUUGGCUCUCACGCUGCCUUCCGGGAGCUGGAGGGAGGAUCGGAAAUGGAGGAGCUCUUCAUGGAGCCUGUGUAGCGAUGGAGGAAUCUGUAUGUCUGUGCCAUUAUAGCGUCUGUGACAGCAUUGGCAGCRCCAUUGAGGCUACAACCCAUAAGAAUCCCCACGCGGGUG